UCUCUGUUGUCUCCCUCUGCCGUCCCAAAGGAGACAUUUACUUCUCUCACAAGAGUGGUAAUCUAGUUCUUACCCUCGAUGGUCUUUGAAAAUGUUGUAUGAAUUUCAGUAAUUUGUCAUAAAGUUAUUUUUUACCCAUCUAUUCUACAGUUGGCCAAAUGCUAUUUUUUGCUAUGACAUGAUAAAUUACCAGUAUAUUAUGUUGAGACUUUAUUUUGGUUAAACUCUUGAAGUGUGCAAAAAAUAUUCUUCUGUUUGUCCAUUUAAAUUAAAAGGAUAUGAUCUCUGGGUAAUUCUUUUGUCAUUGUGGAUAGCAGGGAAUGGAUGGAUUUUUUUCAGAGGACAAGAUGAAUAGACGUGAGCAAAUCAUCAGCAUCUUGGAAAACUGUUGAUCCAAAUCAGAUGUUUUGAGAAUGAGUUGUUUGUUUCUGAUAAAGAACAUGUAACCUUUUGUGACUUUAAAUUACAUCUGAAUCAAUACCAAUGAAUGUCGUAGGUUAAGAAAAUUGAUUUGGUCUUCCAAAGCAGUGUUUUCUGUCCAGUGCUGUCUCAGCACCUGCAGUCCUCCCCAGUGGCAUCCAGUGCAAUGGGAGUAGAGCUCCUUUCAUUGUAUGCUGUGCCUGUUAGCUGGGCAGCUAUGGAAGUGAAGGGAGAAGAAAUAAUGCAUCUGAGAUUACACGGAAAUUCCAGUAUAGCCGGAAGUAUCCUGCAAAUGAAUAAGACAUAAAUCCUACCAAAUUGUGGAGCAGGAAAAAGUAUAUAUAUAUAAGCUCUCCCAGGAGGCACGAGCUGGACACCCUGACCAAAGUACACAAACAUUUGAUUGGUACAAGCUGAUCAUGGGGAUCCAGACACAAAUGUAGAAAAUGAGGAAGAGAGAGAUCUAGUUAAUAAGUAAUUCUUGGCCAUAAUGCAGGUUUGAACAAACAAUACAGUCUCCCAACGGUAAAGACAGUAUCUCAGCUUAAACACCCUCCAGCACAAGUAUAUUAUUCCUUCCUCUCACCAAGAAGAAAAUGAAAAGCAAGACAAGUUUUAUUCCACAAGAAGGAGAGGCACAUCCUUCCCGAUGUCCGGAUAACAGUGCAUUCAAACAGCAGAAGCUACCAGCUUGGAAGCCCCAGCUUACCAUUGCGACUGUGCUCUCCAGCUUCUUUCUCAUAGGCGCCUUCUGCCUUUCUGUGGGAGUCUGCCUCAUACUGUCCACAAACAGCGUCAGAGAAAUCCAGAUUGAUUAUUCAGAUAAAUGCUCAGAUUGUUCAAAACUCCGUGAAAAUUCCUCUAAUUGGAAUAAGGAAUGCCACUGUUUUGUUAAUUUCACACUAAACGAAGAUAUAUUGGGUGAUGUUUUUAUGUACUACGGCCUGCAAAACUUCUAUCAGAACCACCGUCGAUAUGUGAUAUCAAGAAGUGAUGCACAAUUGUUAGGUCGAAAUGUAAAUAUUCAGAAGAGUUACUGCACACCCUUCACCACCUACCAAAAUGGGACGCCCAUGGCUCCGUGUGGUGCUAUUGCCAACAGCAUGUUCAAUGAUACUAUUCAUCUUUUUUACAAUCUUAACUCAUCUGUUAUUCAAGUACCACUGCUGAAGACUGGAAACAGUUGGUGGACAGAUAAAAAUGUGAAAUUUCGCAAUCCAAAAUCAUACAAUCUCUCUUCUGCCUUUGCAGGGACAGCAAGACCUCCUUACUGGCAGAAACCAGUAUAUUUGUUAGAUGAGGAAGAUGAAAGGAACAACGGUUAUGUAAAUGACGACUUCAUUAUCUGGAUGCGAGUGUCGGCCUUUGCUACAUUCAGAAAUCUUUACCGUCGUGUCAGACGGAUAAGGCAGUUUGCAGAUGGCCUCCCAGCAGGGAACUAUACUUUUCAUAUUUCCUAUAAUUUUCCUGUUACCAAAUUCAAGGGGAGGAAGCACGUGAUUCUUUCAACCGUGGUAUGGAGCGGAGGAAGUAACCCAUUCCUGGGAAUUGCCUAUGUGGUUUCUGGCACAGCAGCAACCCUGACAGGUUUUGUCAUAACUGCCAUCCACUUAAAGCUCAGAAAAAAGAAAACAUACUUUCAGAAGUAAUAAGUUUCCCUGGCUUUCUGAACAAAGGCAAAGGUGUGCUGUGAACAAAGAACAUACAGCGCAGACCUUUCAUUCUUUCUCCUCAGCUUUGGAUCUGUUUCAAUAACAGGUUUGGUGAACGUAAGCAAAUUGAGGGGCAGUGCUAUUCCAUCAUCCAAACCCAAACUUACCCGAGGCUGCAUUCUUAUUAAUGUCUGUGUGCUCCUAAAUUUGUUUCCUAGGAAACUUGUAAUGAGAUGAGCUUCAAACAACAGAUAGCAUAGUGGGUUAGAAUUGCAACGGCAAAGGAAUGGUACUAAUGUCUGUCCAGAAGUAAGGGUCCAUAUUCGUUUCUUAGCCCUUAAUUCAGACAAUAUUCAUCUUGACUUAAAUGGAGCUUUGAAAGGGUAAAAAGUAAGGUCUUGAGCCAGCAAAAAGCGUGAGCAGGUAGAACUUGGUGCGAAAAUCUAUUUGUGGGCCACAUACGUGGGCUGAAUGGCUUGGCUUAGGAUUUAUAUACCUUUUUUAGCUAUCCUGAGAAAGCAACCAAUUUACCACAGCAUAUUCGUUGCAGUUUGAUACUUGAUUUGUGAUUGAAUACAGGGCAUUUUUUAGGAGUUUGGAGCACUUAGGUACUAAGGUACUAAGGCUAACCUGCAAAGCUAGAGGGCAUCAAAACACUGAUUGACAUUUUUAAAAUGAUGACGUAAUAGAAAGCUUACAUUAGAAACUCCUUUAAUGCUAAAUGUUUUAGCAGAAACAUCUGCCUAAUAUAACUAUUAGGCCACAAUUGCACUCCUACCUACCCCCUUCAACACAAAAGUUCACAGACUCUUACGUUACAUGAAAUGUCUCUUCCCCUUUCAAGCCCCCAUUUCUGUGGUAUGGUGACUUAUUGUCAAUAGAAAACAAAGCAUCAGAAAAUGUCAACUUAAUUUUCAGAAAGUAAACACUGCAGCUCAUGAAUAGGCAUAUCAAUUUUCACGUUUCAUGUUCAAAAUUUUACACAUUUAGGAGUUAUUUCCAGUCUCUCACAAAAUGCAGGAACAGCACUGAAGAAUUUAGGUCAAGUAUAUUAAAACAUUUUUUCCGUUGCAAAAGUGCAAACUGAAUAAAACACUUCAAUUCCUUUGAUAAGUAUUCUGUGUGCCUUACCUCCCCCUCCCUUAAAAAAACUUCCACACUAAAACAGGAAAGAAAUCACAGACUAGAGCAAGAGAAGAGAAUGUGGCACAGGGAGGCUGCGUGCCACUGUCAAGGGCACCCACCUCAGCUUUUACAAGUGUCUCGGGUACUUAGAAGCUUGUGACCUUUGACAGAUGAUGGCCUCUGGUGAAUCUGUCUGCAGCCACAGAAAGUACUCUUUCCUUUAAUCUCUGCUGCAUAAUUGUGCCAUGAGCAGCAGAAGGGGUGCUGCUCAUGUUCACAACCCAGCCUGUUACUACAAGCUUGCUCCAUGGAUGGUUUUUGCUGACCUGCUGGGCUAAGGCGUGUGUCCCCAUCUGCUUUUCCUGGUUGGGGCCAGUCACCUCCAUCAGAAAGCUGUAGAAACGGGGUUGCUGUAGUUCAGACCCUUGCAUCUAAAUCUGCCAGGAGCUGUGGGAGAGCCCUACCCCUCACUGGACUUGACCAUGAAGCAUUAUAUUUAGCAAUGCUAAGCUCAUUAGUCUAAAUCACUUUUAACAAUGAGACGUGCUCCUAAUCCUUUUGAGUCCUUUUGAAAAUGUAAUCCCAUGCAGCCCUCUGGAAAGCCUUGGUGGGAGUUGAUGCCAAAGCUGAACUUAGGAUUUCUGACUCCACAUAGACCACAGGAACGUCUUUCUUUUCUCCUUUUUUCCUUUUUAAAUCCUCUAAGAAACUGACUUUCAGGAAAUGAUAUGUCAUUUGGGUGGUUAAGUCACAGUGCAAUUGUCACUGAUUUUAUUUCUUCAUGAAGUAUCUGGUAAAAAUGUUAGUGAAAGGAGACUGAAUAUCAGACAGUCAGUCUCUAGCAGAAAAAAAACUUAGAAAACACAGUCUCGCAAGUAGCGCUUACAGUUUGCCCGUUAUCUCCCAGAGGUUUGUGCAAGAGCCUCUUCUCUUGAAAUGUGCAUUGUUUUCAAACCCCUCCACAGGAAAAACCUGUCUUCAAACAAAUCUUCCUCUUUCUGUUAUUCUGGAAGUUGUCUAAGUCUUCAUUUAUAAACCCCAAACCUCUUUUUCAUCUCACCACAGCUUUAAACAGUCUUACAUCUUUCUCGUACCCUCUGAACAAUGUCCUUGGAAGCUGCUGCUUGAGCCCGGCAGUUACUGUUGUUAACUCUGAGCAGCUCCGCAGUGUCUGUCUUGUCAUUCGGGAUUCUGCUGCCCAGACCAGAGCAAUGGGAAUGGCAGUUUUGAUGAACUACUCCCAGCAGAUGGAAUCUGCCUCGCUCAAAAGGGUGGAAAAUAAGUUUUAGCAACCUCCUUACACUGCCUUUUGUGCCAGUGCUACAGCUACGCUGUUGGUCUGCCCCUUGUGCCAGAGCGUGCGUGAAUGUGCCUUUUCCUGAAAAUGUUGUAGAUGUGUUCCUCAGUGCCCACAUUGGGGAAUACUCGUCUACCUGCAUGAAAUGCUUAUUGGAAUUGUUUUAUGCUGGAGCUGCCUUUUUCCCUCAUGUGCAGGGCUGAAACAGAAGUGAGAGCCCUGGCUGAAGGACUGGCCUAACAAAACAGAAAGAUAGUAAAAGUCAUCAUUAACUGCUCCUCGUUGUGGCAUGUCUCAGGAGAUUGUCCCCUUUUGUCAGCUGCUGCUGCCAGCAGGAAGUAUGAUUCCAGACAAAAAUCCAGUGUGAUUAUGAAUUAAGUUAUUCUGGCUAUUAGGAGAUCAUUAAAUCAAAUUGAUCAAGGAAAGCAUACUGAGAUUUGGAGAGCAGAGAUAUGAAGGAACCAGAGAUGUUGCACUUUCUGAGGUACAAAUUGCUUUUAAAAUACCUGGAGUUGCAUGACCAAUACUGUACCUUUGGCACAGUGCUGCUUUUGCCUUGCACAUUCGAUUUUUUGAAUUUAGAUUAUGUGUCUUGAGUUUAAAAAAAACCCAACCAAAUCAAAACCAAAACACACACACCUUGCUAAACUUUUCAAAAUUGAAUUUUGAUUAUCUUCUCUAUCAAGCAUACUUCCACCAAUAGUAAAUAGGCCUUUUCCUAUGAGAGAUUAACUUAUGUAGACUUGUCAAUUCAGUACAAAGAUGUACGGGUUUAAGAUUGCUAAAUGAAAUUAAGAGCUGUACAUGGAAAAUGUAAGUCAACAGCACCACUGUGAGUGCUACAUCACUAAGCCAUAGAAGACUUCUUGCCAUUAUUUGUAAUAUUUUGGCAUAUCAAAAUGUUUAAAUUGUUUGAAUCCCUUUCCUACAAGUGCAAGCACUUCAGAAAAUGGCAUAAUACUAAAAAAAAUUUUUUUUUUCUUUCAAAGGAAAGUGCUGGUUCCUUUGUUAGUCCUACUUAAAGCCUUAUCUUGCAUCUUUGCUGUAUAUUCAGUCCCGUUGAGCUGAUGGAACUUGGCCUAUUUCUUUCACUCUCAAAAAAAGAAAGAAGCAUGUCAGAAAUGGGGUUUAAGUUUGGUGGACCGAAAUUAAUGAUAUCAUAGAUGCUUAAAGUACUAGAAAGUGUGGAUUUUUUCUUUUCUUUUCCUCAUCUUUUUUCUAGAAAGAUAAAUAAAGGAGCACAUUAUUUAUUGCAUUUUUUUUUCUUUUGGGUUGUGAAUAAAUGGAAAACUAGACAAAGGAUUCCUAUUAGUAGAUGUAAUCUAAAUUUAUAUGAUAAACAUGGACUAAAAUGGUGAGCUCAAUCAGAUAUACAUUUCUGAGGGUUUUUUUUGUUUUAAUAUAUGUUUUUAUUUGUAAUUUUGAGGACGACAGUUACACAUGGGAGCACUUUAUCUUCUGGAGUUGUGUAGUUCAGUUUUAACAGUGACAAAAAUAUCUGCAGGUGAAAAGAUCCCAUUAUUAUGAAAAACUUACAUGCAAUUUAAAUCUCAUUUCUAAAUUACAGAGGGGUAUGAGAGAGCACUUUAUUUUAAUGUCAAAAACUGCUGUACUACUUUUGGUUGCCAGCUCCCUUUAGGAUUGGAUUUCAUUAAUGGGAUAUAUAUCUAUGUCUGUAUAUAGAGACAUAAAAGUGAAGCAGGAGUUACAGCAUAUUUCAGUAGCACUUCAGUUACAGAAUUUUUCCAAGUCUUUUUCAGGCUUUACAGUUUCAUACAUAUAUGUCCAGUAUCUGUCUGCCUUGGUUGUUUUUUCUGUUUUCUAAACAUAGACAUUUGCUUAAGUCAUCUCAUCUAAAAAUAAAGACAUGAGUCCUUCAUGUGAAACAGAUUAGCAUAAUCACAGACCUAUAGAAUCUGGAAAAAUUAGUUACGUGCUGCAUCUAUUUCAUAUAAAGAGCUGUGUUGCAUGGAGAUUAUUAAUAAUAGUGUUUGGAUGGGGUGCCAUGUAUUUUAAUGACACAUUACAGUGUAAAAGCUUUCUCUCCUUCCUCUGAGAAAUCAAACUAAUACCAAAGUCAAAGAUAGCAGUUCAGGGAAGGGAGGGCUUGGAAAGUUUUGGUAAUGCAGAGAGAGAUUGUAUACCAAUUUGGGUUGAAGUUUAGAUCUAAAAUAGGAGAAAGCAGUUGCUUAUCACAUAAGAAGGUGCUGUCUUCCUCAGUUGGGAGUGAUAUGGUAUGAGACAGCAAUAUGGCAUGAGGAAAAAGCUGUAAUCGCACCAGGAAGCAGAAUGGUGGAAGGGGCAAAGUACUUUUUCUGCUCUUGGAUGUAGAGGCAAAGAAAUUUGGCUAAGCUACUUAAGAUGAUAGUGUAUCCUGACAUGUGAUCUGGAAGGCUUAUAUGAUUUGGGGGAGCAGCCAAGUUAAGUAAGAAGUUCUCAAUGGAAAGUACUGAACUACAGUGCAUAGUUUUUCAGCUCAGGUGUUUUGACUCAGUUCUCUCUAAUUGCAUUAUUCCCUACAAUUCCAUGAACAAUUUUGUUAUGAUCUGGGAACGCCUUGGGCGGCUGCCUUUGCUUUGGUGGCCUCUUCUUUGCAAGAGAGGGAUUGUUGAGCAGUUUUUGUUUGCUCUGUGUCCUACUUUCUCCCCGGGCUGUGGGAAGCCAGGCGGAGGAACAGUGGGGCUGUUUGCCUUUUGCUUAUUCCUGAGUGCAUGAAAAAAGGUUUCUCCCUUUUGCCUUAUAGCCAGCUUGGAGAGGAAAAGGACAAUAAGGUUGAUUCUGGUCCACUGCAAGUAGAGGCAAUAUUUAAAUGAUAUCAAAUGGUAAUUGCCAUAGCUAAAAAAAUUGAAAUAGCUCAUACCCUGGAAAGCUUAUAUUUUCUGCCAGCUCUAAUCAAAAUAUCUAUGUAUCUACUGAGUAUGUACUAUGUAAUUUGUUGACAAACAUACAGCGUGAAACAAGAUGAAAAAAAGCUCAAUUGCAGCCAUUAUCUGCUUGCAUUAAAUUGCCUAAAAUGAUUCCUUUCAAACUGAACCAAUUAAAAAAAACUUGUGAAAAAAAUGAGGGUUUCUACUGUGUCAGACCCAGCUAUCCAGUUAUUUGCCUUUUCCCCCAUGAUGAUCCCUGUGUGUAAUGAGAAACUGUUCCAUUAACAGCUCUGUUAACCCAGUUAUAACACUGGGGGAUUCAGGGUUUAAGAAUAGGUUAAAAGUUCUUGAGGUUUCUCAAAUAACUUAUAUGAAUCCCUGGGCUUUCUAAGGACUGCGUUAUUGGUGACGAUGAACCUGAAAACACUGGAAAAAGAAAUGUGUCCAAAAAAACCCACAGAAUGCUUAAAAGAAAAAAAGGAAGGAAGUAGUAUCCCAUAGCCGAGUUGUCAUUACGAGUUAACGUCGGAGGGACGUGUACUGAGCCACUGUCACUGCCUCUGAGGUAAAAUAUGGCAGUUAUUGGACAGCGCAGAGCCUUCACAACAGCUCAGGACAAUAACAUCUGCAGUUAAUAACACUCCUCCCCACAGUGGAUGUGCUGAGAAAUCUGUCCUGGCAGCAGAGGACAAAGGGACCGCGUCCCCAACACUGGGCGGAAGCAGUGAUUUAACACUGGACACCAAGGAAACACACCAGCGGUGUUUCAUCCUGGUGGGUGGCAGGGUGUGUUUCCAAGUCGUUUAAUUAGAUUACAGUCCCCGCGUGGGCUGGCUUGCACUGGUCUGCAUUGUGCCAUCCAAAUGUGUUGCCUGCAGAGUUAAAAGUAUGGAAAAGUAGAAGUAGUAAGGGAGCGGGAAGAGCACCAAGGUAGCAUUGUGUGAAUUAGCAGUGUACAGUUUGUUUUGGAGGGUGUCAAGAUGAGAUACAGUCAUAAGAAAAGUAGCCAAUGGACGAAUCAAGUGGUGGCAUGAGUGCUUUUGCUGGUCUUAGUGCAGAUCUUGGGAAUUUUAUUUACAAACAGAAUUUAGACUUUUGAAGUACUAUCAGUUUUGUAAAAGAGGGGCCUUGCUUCGGUUUUUACCCUGGUUCUGUGUGUGUUGCUUUGACUGCAGCAGUGUUACUUUAAAUUAAAGUCGCUAAAAAUAAAACUAAUAAAGACUAAUUAGUGAGUCGUCAGCUACACCUUACAAAGAAUUAGGUAGCGUAUAAAGCAGAUAGGUUUCUGCAUCUAAGGUCUUUCAUAGUAUUAUCUUCUCAUGAGUAAUAAUCCAUGGCUGGAGAUUGCCCAUCAGAAUCUGGGACUGACAAACAUCAGUGGUGUUCAUGUAUAAUUUUGGUGUCAGCCAUUCCUGUUUUGACUGAGCAAAACAAAAGCACAGGGUUUUAUUUGCCAAAUUUGAUUAAAAAAAAAAAUCCAGUGCUUAUAGUCAAAUUUCUAUGUUUUAAGCUCGCUGUUGCUAGGUCUCAUGUGAGAUCCAGCAAUGAUCACAGAACGUCUUUGAACAAGCUUUCUUCAUGUACUGUCAUUUCUGGCUUUGCAGUUAAUCAUAAAAAAAAGGCAUUGAUCCCAAAGAAAGUUGGUGAGCUGAAAAGUAAAGCUAUGGAUUGGAUAAGAUUUUAUCUCUGCAAAUUUUUGUUUCUGACAAAAAGAAUUAAAUACAAGAAUUGCUUAACAGAUGUGUAAACCAUAAUUGUGCCAAUGGGUUUUAGACUGUAGCUUGAGGAAUUUAUCAUUCAGAUUUCUGAGUUCGUAACUUCACCUCAGGCAACCAGUGGAAAGCCAAGUCUUAACUGAAAAGGUCAAGAAUUGCUUUCCAAAGGGAGGUAAGAAAAUUAGAAGACAGAGCACAAGCCAGUUGGGCAUUUUCAUAAUUUUUGGCUUUUUCAGGGUUUAGAUUGAAAUGGAAUGCCUCACACAGCAUAAGUAAAUAGGCUAAGUUUUUUAAUUUGGGAUUUGCCCUGAAACUUACUGUUUUGUCCAGAUUUCUCAUACCUGCCUAACAGGUGAUAGUGAUCUCAUAGAAAGAAAUUAAGUAUGAAUGUGUCAGGUGUAAUUUUAAGUGUUCUCAGCUGUUGAAAGGUUAUUUCCUGUAAUGACUUCAGUUCAAUAAUGCUGAGUUCUGGGGAAAGAAUGUUCCCUUCCUACAGGAUGGGUAUAAAUUUUACAGUUUCAGGAGCGUACCAAAGUUAAUUGAGUUGCCCCUGUUUUGGAUCCAGGGCUUUACUUCUUCUGUAGGAGGUGGACCAGUAGCUUUUAAGCAAGGCAGCUUAUAUGGAGGUAGCCUGAGCCAUGUAUUUGUAAAAUUGUCUGUACUCUCUCUUGUUGACUUCCGAUUUCAGAAAACUCAUAACAACUGUAGUAUCAUUGACAUGUUGGCAGGUUUUCUUCAGCCAAAUGUUACUCAAAAUUUGUUUUGGGAGGAUAAAUGCAGACAGAGUGUGAUUUCCUUAGAAGCUGAUGGAAAAACCAAGUCUUUUGUAUUUGAGUCUUUAGCAGAUUUUUUCUUUAGACUUCACUGUGCCAAGAGUAAAAAACUUACUCUUCUACUAGGAAAAAGUGGUUUGUUGAUGCUGGUCUUGUCCAAAACUUACACCUUCUUAAUGGGACUGACAUACGUAACAGUGCAGCAAAAAAAUGGGACGAUCUUAGCCACUGCUUGCAAGGUAAGUUUUGUCAGAUGAAAGACUUGAGAAAUUUACGAGCUGUCGUCAAGCGGCUUUUGUUCCCCUGAGGUACUGCUGACCAUGACAGCGUGCCGGGAACAGGGCGUCCUGUAGGUGCCACCUUUCAGAGACGAGUUACAGAUUACCUGCUUCGAGUUUUAUCUGGCUCAACCCGUGCAUGUUUCUGGCGGUAAGAUCCUUUGCCAUCCUCCUGCUUCCCGCCGGUUUGGCCAGCGUAUCUUUAUUUUGGUUAAUUUGCGAUUUCUUGCCCGUCCAGCUGCGAGGGCCGGGUGAGCUAUCUAGCGCGGCGCCGACUCCAGGGGUGGGGUUUUCGCGCUGAUCAGCGGGGGCCUGAGCCAAUCGGUGAGCAGCGGGCGGGAACAGAGUUGCUCGUUGCAGCCAAUGGAGUCCCGAGGAGCUGGGGGUGGUGGGACUCGCCGCUCGCAGCAACGGCUGAGGCGUAACGUACUUCGAGCAGGUGCGGGCUGGCGGCUGAGCGCGCGGUCACUGCAGCUCGCGAUCCCUGCGCGUGGCCGUAACGGCUGGCGUGUGGCUGCGCGGGCGUCCCCAACCUGCCGGGGUCCUCUGCCCUCUUCGGCCUGGCCUGAGGCGAGAGGAUGCUGCCGCCGACCCGCCGUCACCAGGUCAGGGGGUGGGCUGUGGUUGCAGCAGGGCUGAGGCAGCUUGCAGCUCCUGGGCUUUCCUGGAGACGUAUUUUUGUGAAAGCACUGCCUCAUGAUGCUGGAUCCAGAAAGCGCUCUUUGGAGCUGGCGCUUCCUCCAUGUUACCUUUGCCAGCACGCCUGGCAGUUGUGAGCGAAUGUUGGUCUGGUCUCACCUGAACCCACCUGAGGUGGAGUGCUUAUGUGCCAAAGACUACAUGCUUGUGUACCAGGGCUCACAAGUUUCCCACGUGGGAAUCUGAUACUUGUAGCUUUAGAAGAGAUCCCAGUGUUGGACCAAGCCUGCUUCGGCACUGUGGGUGUAUGAACAGAGUACAGUUCCUUCCUUUGACGACUUUGUGCAUUUUUUAGUGUGGUCAGACAGCAGCUUUUUUGGACCCUCUGUGUAUGAACAGCCACUGUGAAAGCAAGCCCAGGGACUCCCAAAUCACAAGUAGCACUGGGCAACAUUAGUAACAGAAGAACAACCUUAACUGGGUCCAUUUAACUUAGUACCAGCUUCCAAUGCCAGCCAUGAGUUAGGAAAGAGUAAAAACAAGUCAAAGACUAAAACCAAGGCAAAUACAAGAUGAUACAAUGUGACAACUACAUCCCAACCAAUGCACCACGUCUAAUCUGGUAUUGUCUAGGUUGAGAUUUACAUCACUAAAUCAACAUGUAUGCAUCCAUUUCAGCUGUUCCAGAUGUCUUUAUAAUGUCUUUAUAUGAGAGAGGCAUGUUUGGGCACAAUUUAUUCUUUACUAGAACAGAAUCAGGGAAAUUGUUUUGUUUCGUAAACCUAAAAAAAAGUAUGCUUCCCUCCAACUCAAUCUACACAUACCAUGUGUAAUCCUCACUGAUCAAUAAAGCGCCUGAGAGGAAAAUGCUGGAUUUAUCCUGGCAUUUGCAACACGUUUGUGCUUUACUUCUCUAGUAUAAAAAAUAGAAAGUCUGUGGCUCACUUAUUUUUAAGGCUGUUUGAAUACAGUUUUAAUCUGAAAAUAGUUGUUAAUAAAAAGAUGUGUAGUACUGUCUGCUAAUAAUACCUAAUAUUAAGUGUAAAAUGCUUCUUUUGUAUAAAUAAUUGUGUUCUUAGCUGAAUAAUACCUCACUUACUUGAUAUGAAAGCCAAAAUUUUAUUUUUCUUGUUUAGAGCUGAAAUAACCCACAUUCAAAAUUCAGGUAAUUUUAAAUUUGACACAGUAGGGUUUUUUGUAAGUAUUUACCAUUGCACAUUGAGACUAUACAAUCAAGGUCUUACUUUAUUAAUCAACCUCAAAGUAGCUGGUAAUACAAUCCACUUGUUUUUUUUCCACAGAGUUGUCAAUACUAUGAAGAAAUAAACUUCAGUUCAUGGCAAAACUGGCUUGCAAAUGUACUGUAGAAAACCUGAUUAAAACAGUGGUAUUUUUAUGUAAUUGGUUUGUACAGAAAAAAAUGUGAUUUCACAUGCUAUUUUUCCCCAAAUUCUGUGAGAAUAAGGGCUUCUUUUAUUUUGCAAAACUUUGUAACACUAUCUUGAAAUAGAACUACCUAUAACUAUAUAAACAAGUAUUGUAAAAACAUUCUAUGUGUU